AUGUUUGAUUAUCCUGCCGUAGUUAUUGAUAAUGGAUCUGAAAGAUGCAAAGCUGGUAUAGCUGGCGAAUAUGCUCCUAGAGCUGAUUUUCCUUCAAUAGUUGGUAGACCAAAAUACUAAAAUUUAAUGCUUUAAGGAAAGGAAUUCUACAUUGGAGAUGAUGCUUUAGCUAAUAAAGCUUUAUUUAACUUAUAAUAUCCUAUUGAGAAUGGUUUAGUUACUAACUAUGAUAACAUGGAAUAAAUAUGGCGUCAUUGCUUUGAUAAUGAACUAUAAGUUGAUCCAUCUCAGCAACCAUGCAUGUUGACUGAAUCUGCCAUGACUCCUAAGUUAUACAGAGAAAAAAUGACAAACAUUAUGUUUGAAACAUUCGAUGUCCCUUCAUUUUAUGUAUAAAUUUAAGCAGUCUUAUCUUUGUAUUCUUCUUGUGGAGUUACAGGUAUUGUUUUAGAUUCUGGUGAGGGUGUCACAAAUGCAGUUCCUAUAUUUGAAGGAUGUGCAUUACGUCAUGCUAUAUAGAAAAAUUAUUUAGCUGGUAGAGAUCUUACUGAUUACUGCAUGAAACUCAUGUAUGAAGUUGGUUUGAAUUUUUAAUCUUCAGUUGAGAGGGAAGUAAUAAGAGACAUUAAAGAAAAAUAUUGUUAUGUAGCACUCGAUUAUGAGGCAGAAUUAAAGGCUUACUAAAAUAACUCUUCUAAGCAUAAAUAAUAUCAAUUUCCUGAUGGAAAAAUGAUCACAAUUUAGGAUUAAAGAUUUAGAGUCCCUGAAUUACUUUUCAAACCUGACUUUAUUGGUAAUGAAUAAAAAGGAAUAAGUGAAUUAGCAUUUCACUCCAUUAUGAGCUGUGAUAUUGAUCUUAGAAGAAAUCUUUAUGAAAAUAUUGUUUUAUCUGGAGGUACAACUAUGUUUGAUGGUUUUGCAGAAAGAAUAUCCAAGGAUAUUAAUGCUCUUGCUCCACUUAGUAUUAAAGCUGAAGUUAUAGCUCUACCAUAAAGAAAAUACUCAGCUUUUAUAGGUGGAUCAAUCUUAUCAUCUCUUUCUUCUUUCCAAUCUAAAUGGAUUACUAAGGCUGAAUAUGAUGAAGAAGGUACUUCAAUUGUUCACAGAAAAUGCUUUUGA